UCUUCCUCUUUAAGCCGCUGCGAAGGUUGCGUAGCCCUCCCCUUUUCCUACGUGCCCUACGCCUCACCUGUGCCGUAACUCCUUCCGGGAAUCGCUCUUUCCCGAGCCGGCCGGUGCAGGGCGGGCCUAGGCGGCCUUUCUGAGCCUCGGACUGGAGUGAGCGCCGAGCCCGCGCGAAGCGACCGGGAGGCUGGGUAGGCUCGGCGACUCGAUGCGGCCUUUCUCCAGCUCCAGGACGGCCAGGAACAGACAAUGUCUGCUCAUGCCCAGCCGGGCUGGGGGCCCUGGAGCAGCAGGCCAGAGAAGGAAGAAAACGAAGGGUCAAGGGCAGGCCUGGGCCGACAGCUGGGCGAACCGGGGAAAUUUGCUUACGCAGCCCUCUGUGCGGUUUCCUUGGCCUCGCUGUUUCCAGAGCAGGAGGAAAGCCCGUACAGGACGGGAGUGGUGGAGAACCUGGUCACCUGGCUGGAGCUGCCGGAAGCCGUUUUGCCAUCGAUGCUGGCCUUUGCGGGCGGCCUCGGAGCCGAAGGGACAGAGACCUUUGCCCGGAUUCUGCUGAGCGAGCCGCUUCUGAAAGAUCAGCCCGGCACCAUCAUGCUAGAUCUUGUUGCCUUUUCUCUCAAGGAUGGCUACUACGAUGCUCGCAUGCGGGUGCUUCUCUCCCACAUCACCAGGUUGCUGAGGAUCCCGUUGCUGGAAUUGGAAGAUGCGGAGGGCUGUCUCCUUGAAUGCCUGAAGGAGGAAAAAGAGGUGGAACCGGAAACGGUCAAAGCCGCGCGGAAGAAAAAGGAGAGGAAGCAGCGGCUGAAGCGCUUCCUGCUGAUCGGCUUGGCGACGGUGGGCGGCGGGACAGUCAUUGGCCUGACCGGGGGACUCGCAGCCCCCUUGGUGGCUGCCGGAGCAGCAACCGUCAUUGGGACCGCCGGGGCGGCUGCCUUGGGAUCAACGGCCGGGAUCGCCAUUAUGGCUUCGCUCUUUGGAGCUGCUGGGGCAGGACUCAUGGGGUACAAGAUGAAGAAGCGUGUGGGUGCCAUAGAAGAAUUUGAAUUCCUUUCCUUAACGGAAGGGAAUCAGCUCCAUAUUGCCAUUGCAGUCACCGGCUGGCUCUCUGCAGGGAAAUACGGCAGUUUCACCGCUCCGUGGAGCAGCCUGCUGCAGUCCAAGGAGCAAUACUGUUUAGCCUGGGAGUCCAAAUACUUGAUGGAACUGGGCAGCGCCCUGGACACCUUGUGGAAUGGACUUGUCAACGUGGUCGCUCAAGAAGCCCUCAAGUACACCGUCUUGUCGGGGAUCGUCACGGCCCUGACCUGGCCUGCUUCGCUGCUGACGGUCGCUAGUGUGAUAGACAACCCUUGGGGAGUGUGUCUCCAUCGCUCCACCGAGGUCGGAAAACACUUGGCACAGAUACUCCUUAGCCGGCGGCAGGGCAAACGGCCAGUGACGUUGGUCGGGUUCAGCCUUGGUGCAAGAGUGAUCUACUUCUGCCUGCAGGAAAUGGCCAAGGAGGAAGACUGCAAAGGAAUCAUUGAAGACGUGGUGCUUCUGGGUGCCCCAGUAGAAGGAGAGGCCAAGUACUGGAAACCCGUCACCAAAGUCGUUUCAGGCAGGAUCAUCAACGGCUUCUGCAGGGGAGACUGGCUGUUGAGAUUUGUCUAUCGGACGUCGUCUAUUCAGCUCAGCGUCGCAGGGCUUCAGCCUGUCAACCUGGAUGACCGCCGGAUGGUGAACGUGGAUCUGUCUUCCAUUGUCAGCGGCCACUUGGACUACGUGAAGCAGAUGGACACAAUCCUGACGGCCGUGGGACUCAAAACGAGGCAGUGCCUGGAAGACCAAGGGGGGCUCCUGGCGGUGCCUUCCCCACCCAGCGAGGAGAAGCAGGGGACGCAGCCGGACAGCAGAGCCUCCGAGGAGCCCGCUGGGCCAGGCAGGGCAGACACGGGUGGCCCUGAGGGGCAGGAAGGCCUCAACGGCAGCGGGGACCACUGGUGCUGGGAGCCGGUCCCUGGGCCUGGGCCAGAGCCCAAGGAUGGGGAUUCUCCAGCGAGGGAGGCCUCUGGUUCCGAGGGGGACCGGCCUGCUGAAACGCGGCUCUUCGCUCCAUCUUGACAUUCCCGGGACAUUCCACGCGGGCCCUUGUCCCAGCUCUGGGGGCGGCAGGGCAGGUGGGGAGGCACAUUUUGACGGGCCUUCGGGGGGAGCUCAGAUGAGGUGAGGCUUCCCAAAGAUCAUGCCUGGACUCGGUCUCUCUUUAGAAGAGGCUCUUUUGAUCGCCCGUUGAGCCAGGCUGCGAGGGGGGACCGUCUGCUUGGCCUUCAGGAGCCCUCGGGUCCAGGCCAGCCCUUCCAAGCUAUGGGUGCCGUGGCCGUUUGGAAUUGGGCAGAGCGAAAGGAAAGGUAGCCUGCUUCUGAAGGUGGAGGCUCCACUGAACACUUCCCACCCCCAGCAGGAAGGGGCAUCUUCCAGGGCUACCGGUUACACCGCUUGAGAAUGUUAGAUUCCCCCCCCCCCCCGUACGGAGAGCUGUGAAGACACGACACGCCUUUUGCUCGUCAGCUGUUAAAGGUUGAUCGUUGAUUUUAAUCAAUAGGCAAUAUUCCUCGUUGCUUUUGUAGCUCUCUGAGCCCUCUUGGCAGAAAGGAGGGUGCAGAUUAAAUUCAGAACAAGCAGAUCAAUAGAAACAGCCCCUGGAAGGUAUCUUUGUCUACGUAAAUGAAGAAAACUAAAAAAUAGGCAUUAAAAAAUUGGGCACGGGGAGGAAUCUCUUGUGGGCCUUCCUGUAGCUUCCCUGUUGCUGCUGCUGCUGCUGCGCCUCGGUCCGGGGGUCUCCUGGCUGUUCGCUAGUUUUCACUUCAUCUUGUUCAUUUUUAGGCUGUGUUGGCCGUCCUCAGCCUGCCGACGCAGGUUGUAAUGACCAUGUGUGUCCACAGGAGGGCAGACUUUUCGGUCCUUCACUGAUUGCAAUGCUCCUGGAGAUGCGAUCAUAAUUUGAAAUUGGGUUUUUAAGGUGGCUUGGGUGCUGAUCAGAAAAGAAAAGGGGUGGUGAUGGUAGCAGCAGCAAUAAUGAAUCGCCACGGAAGAGUGGCCUUGGGUCUCCCUGUUGCCGUGGCUAGAAGUGACCACAAGAGGACAGACUCCCUGGCCUUUACCAGCCACCCUGCCCUCUUGGAGAUGAUGUUAAUUUGUAUUUUUAUCUUUUAUAUUCUUUCCUUUGUAAGUGCUUAGGUGUCCUGAGUCCUCAUCAAAGCAGGGAGGAAAAAUUAAGAGUAAGUGGCCAGUGAAAGGCUGCCUUCCAUCUGCUUUGCCAGUUGUCAUAGCUAAAAAUACCCACAGGAGGGCAGACACGGCUGGCCUUUACCAGCUGCCACGUUAAGUUUAAUUUGUACUUUUCAUAUCCUUUUAACUCUUUUACAUUUUAUUAGGUCCCUUGAGCACAGCUCAGAGUAGAAAGGGCCCCAGUGGUGGCAGCAGGAAUGAUGAUCACAAUAGGACAUUUUUCUUGCAGUUCAGUGCUUGGAACGAGCUAUUUUCUGCAGCCAGGGAGUACAAGAGGGGUUGAGCAGGGUUUAAGAUUGAGAGAGAGCAGGCAGCCGAGAGAGAGAAAAUCUCUUUACUCCGAAAUUUACAAUUUGGUAGGAAAGACUUGGGCAAUGGCACCCAGGCUAAAAGGAGAGCCCGCUUCACCCCCGUAAGCCCUCAUCCCUUUCUUUCCGGCUAAGUCCAGUUGUGAACAAACACACUUUGGGCAUGUUAAGGUUGCAAGCUGGACUCAACCUUGCUUGGGGUGCAGUAGUGAGCAGGAUUUAAAUUUCUACCAGCCAGGCUUAGAAAGUCCUUAACUGGCAUAUUAUAGUAAUAACUGGCAUAUAACAACCACCACAACUUUGUGACCAAGCAAUUGCACCACAGUUCCUUCUAUGCUGCAGUCAAAUGUAGCAAAGAAACGCAGAAAGGCAGGCUGGGGUUAAUAGGCUGCCAUGGCUUAGAAAAACUGAAAAGCAGGCAGGCGCUGUGAACAUGAGGUGACAGGUGGCCCCUUUGUUUUAAAAAUAGCAGGUUUCCCCAGCCAAAAUGGCUGUAAUAAAACGUCGCUCAAAUCUGGUGUAUUUGGUGGUGGGAAACAUUGUGCCUCGCUGGAAUUUCGGCUGUCUUAAAAAAGGGGGUGCUGGGAUUAAUUAACAGCACGGGUGCGUCAGUCACGGACUAUCCUGGCUCACAGUUGCAUGCACUUGUUUGGAAAAGGCGGAUGAAAACCAAAAGGCUGGGAUAUCCAGAGUGAUUCCAAGGG